AUGCACAGCUUCGGGGGCGGCCUCCUCUGCACGUGGGGCGCCAUCCUCCUGGUGGUGGCCACGGCGACAGAGCCGUACACGCUGUCAGGGUCCCUCGCCUACCAGGGCCUGUGGCGCUACUGCCUGGGCAGCAAGUGCUACCUGCAGCCGGAGCGCAUCGCAUACUGGAAUGUCACCCGAGCCUUCAUGAUCCUGUCUGCGCUGUGCGCCACCUCCACCAUCAUCUUGGGAGUCCUGGCCUUCGCUCAGCAGCCCACCUUCAGCCGCCUCUCCCAGCCAUUCUCUGCGGGCAUCCUGUGUUUUGCCUCCACCCUUCUCGUCCUGUUGGCCUUGGCCAUCUACUCGGGGGUCACGGUCAGCUUCCUCGGCCGUCGCUUUGGGGACUGGCGCUUCUCCUGGUCCUACAUCCUGGGCGGGGUGGCCCUGCUCAUGACCUUCGUCGCAGGGACCUUCUACAUGUGCGCCUACCGGAUGCACGAGUGUCGGCGCCUGUCCGCUCCCCGCUGAGCA